GUUCACGCUACUGAAACGCGCCAGUCAUUGAAACUAGUCCAGACGUGUGUCUAGGAAGAAGCCAAACGAUUUGUUCAGUCCUUUGGUAGGCUGAGUCAGUCCCAAUGGCAGAGUGGAACGCUUACUACAGAAAUGAGGAUGAUGAAGAGGAGCAAGAAGAAGGAGAGCAGUCUGGAGGAGAGUACAAGGUCACAGGCAGAGACAGUUUGGUGUUUCUGGUUGACGCCUCUAAAGAAAUGUUCAUCAAAGAAGAAGAUGGAAAACCCUCAAACUUCGACAUGACCAUGCAGGUUGUGCGCAGUGUGUACACCAGUAAGAUCACCAGCAGCUACAGGGACUUGGUGGCUCUGGUCUUCUACGGCACAGAGCAAAGCAAGAACCCCAGGAACUCAUUCAAACACGUCUACGUCUACCAUGAUCUGGAUGAACCUGGUGCAAAGCGGGUGCAGGAGGUGGACGAAUUGCGAGGCAGUAAAGGUGCCCAGCUGGCAGCAAAGACGAUGGGCAGUGGGGAGACGUCGCUGGGUGAUGCUCUGUGGUGCUGCGCCAACCUGUACAGUGACAUCAAACUACGUCUGUCACACAAGAGGCUCAUGAUCUUCACUUGUAGAGACGAUCCACAUGAAGGAGAUAGUGUGAAAGACCGACAGGGGCGGACCAAAGCCAGUGACCUUAGAGACACCGGUGUUAUCAUUAAUUUAAUGCACCUGAUGAAACCAGGAGGCUUUGACGUCUCGCUCUACUUUCGUGACAUCAUAACUCCACCAGAGGAUGAGAGUGAUUUGGGGCUCCAGCUGGAGCCUUGUGCCAAACUAGAGGACCUUCAGAACAGGGUCCGGGCCAAGGAGAAGAAGAAGAGAGUCCUAAACAGGUUGAACCUUUGUCUUGGUGAAGGCAUAAAUGUAGCAGUUGGAGUUUAUUCAACCGCUGUUCCAGCACGGAAACCUCCACCCAUUAAACUGUACAGGGAAACCAACGAACCGGUCCGCAGCAAAACCCGUGUCUUCCACACUCAGACCGGCAGCCUGCUGCUGCCCAGCGAGCUGAAGAAAGCCCAGGUGUAUGGGAAGAAGCAGAUAGUAAUGGAAACAGAUGAAGUGGAUUCCAUCAAGAAGUUUGAGGAUCCAGGAAUGUUUCUGAUAGGAUUCAAACCCAUGGAGAAGCUGAAACUGCACCACCACGUCCGGCCGGCUGUGUUUCUCUAUCCUGAGGAGGACGACGUCAAAGGUAGCUCCUGUUUGUUCUCAGCCUUGUUGAAGAGGUGCAGCGAGCGAAACAUGUUCGCCUUGUGUCGUUUCACCGCCCGUCGUAACUACUCGCCUCGAUUUGUCGCCCUGGUGCCCCAGGAGGAGGAGAGCGACGAGGGGAAAGGACAGAUCACACCUGCAGGUUUCAACGUCAUCUAUCUGCCGUUUGCUGAUGACAUAAGGACUCUGGAUGCCCCUCAGCUGCCAUGUGCCUCACAAGAACAAGUGGACAAGAUGAAGCAGAUUGUGACAAAACUACGCUUCAAAUACAGGAGUGACGCCUUUGAGAAUCCAGCCAUCCAGCAGCAUUUCAGGAACCUGGAGGCUUUGGCUCUGGACAUGGUGGCGCCAGAGGACAUAGAAGACCUUAUCAUGCCCAAAGUGGACCAGAUCGACACUCGUCUGGGUCCUCUAGUCCAGGAGUUUAAAGAUCUGGUCUACCCGGCCAACUACAACCCAGAGACCAAGCCGGCCGCCAAACGCAAAACAGCUGAUAAUGGAGGCGGAGCUGAGAAGAAGCCUAAGGUGGAGUUACCAGAGGACGAGCUUCGAGCGCACGUGCAGAACAGCACCCUGGGAAAGCUGACCGUGCCCGUGCUGAAGGACGCCUGUAAGAAGUUUGGAGUUCGCACCACUGGAACCAAGAAGCAGGAGCUGAUCGACGCUCUGAUCGCUCAGCUGUCGUCAUGAGGAGGCCACACCCACAAACGCCCAGGUCUGAUUCCAGUGGACGUUCGGUUCAAGGUGGAGACGUUUGGGUCCGUUUAGUGUCAUGUUUGUUCACAACUCAAAACAUCCUGUUGUUGUCUGGUUGAAGGCAAUUUGAAUGAAUAUAAUUGGAAGGUAUUUCACUAAAUUCAUGCUUUGAAAGGUACUCGCACUGAAAAUACCACUUUUAAAUACGUUUGCAUAAAUAAAUAA